AUGCAAAGACCUUCAACCUUAAUUCCAUCAUCUACAAGCUGUAAUAUACCUCCUACCGUUCAGUUUUUAACUGCGCCAAUAGAUAAUUCUGCAAUUAAUGUCACCUCGCCUUCUUGUCUCUCUGGAGUCGAAAAUCGAAUAAUUUUAAAUGUUGGGGGUAUUAGAUAUGAAACUUAUAGUCAUGUUUUGAAAAAGAUCCCCGCAACUCGUUUAUCUAGAUUGACUCCAAAUUUGUCAAAUUAUGACCCUAUAAAGAACGAAUAUUUUUUUGAUAGGCAUCCAGGGGCUUUUUCUUUGAUUCUAAAUUAUUAUAGAACUGGUAGAGAAACCCAAGAAACUUUAGCCUUAAUAGAAAGUAUGGAAAUGGAUACAGAUAUUCGCCCAACACAAGAAGAUGUAGCCAAAAAAUUUGGUUGGGAGGAUGAGUAUAAUAAUGGAAAAUUAAAUCUGUGGCAAAAGGUUAAACCAAAAUUGUGGUCGCUUUUUGAAGAGCCGUGGACAUCGCGUGGGGCGAGGAUAAUCUCAAUAAUUUCAAUUUCCUGCAUUGUUUUAUCAAUUUUAUGUUUUUGUUUAAAAACAAAUUCUGGAAUACGUCAAGUUGGAAAUCUUCCAACUUCAGAAUAUGUUUAUUUUAAUAAUAAUAGUGUUUUGAUUAAAAGUAUGAGGCGGCAGAAUAUUAAUUUGCCGAGAAGUCCACCAACAACACCAACAACUUCCUUCUUCAUUCAGUUCUUCUAUUUAGAAUUAGCCUGUAAUUUAUGGUUUACCUUUGAAUUUAUUGCCAGGCUCCUUUUCGCCCCUAGCCGUUCCAAAUUUAUCAAAAACCCUUUAAAUCUGAUAGAUUUAUUCGCAACAACUUCGUUUUAUAUUGACUGGAUUUUAACAAACAAUUUUUUAAAUAAUAAUGAUUCUUUGGAAUGUUUGAAUAUUAUGAGGGUUUUGAGGCUUUUUAAAUUGGCACAGCACUCUUCUGGAUUGAAAAUACUUAUACAGACAUUCAAAGCGUCGGCGAGGGUUUGGAAAAAUAAUUUUCAGGGGAAGAUGAUAGGACUUGGAGGUGAAGGUGAUAGAGGACCUUGGGAGGGGGAAGGUGAACGGACUUGGAGGCAGGGCUGUGCGUCAUGGCGUUUGGCGUUUGGCGUUUUGCGUUUUGGCGUUAAUUUUGGCCGAUUUUUGGCGUUUUGCGUUUGGCGUGAUUUUCCGAUUUUGGCGCGCCAAACGCCAAAAAUAUACACCCCUAAUGAUGGAAUUUUUUUAAAAUAA